AUGGUCUGGCGUGGGGGAGGCGAUCAGCGUGGUGGAAGAGGAGGAGGGCGUGGAGGAGGGCGUGGAGGAGGGCGUGGGGGCUUUGGUGGAAGCCGAGGCAUGGAUGAGGGUCCACCAGACACUGUCAUUGAGGCCGGAAAGUAUGUCCAUGACUGUGAAGGAGAGAUGGUCAUCGAUGCCAGCCUCGAGAAGGUUCCCUACUUCAAUGCUCCGAUCUACCUCGAGAACAAGACCCAGAUCGGGAAGGUAGAAGAGAUCAUGGGACCUAUCCACAAGUACAUGUUCUCUGUCAAGACAGUUGAGGGUGUCGUGGCGUCUUCAUUCAAGGCCGGUGACAAGGUGUACAUCAACCCUCAAAAGCUCUUGCCGCUGGAAAGAUUCACUCAACCGAAUCAGCCUCGUGGAGGAGGAGGAGCAAGGGGCGGCAGAGGUGCGCCAAGAGGCCGCGGAGGAGGUGGGACUCCUCGGGGUCGUGGAGGCGGAGGAUUCCGUGGACGUGGAUCUCCUGGAGGCCGUGGAAGUCCAGGAGGACGUGGCCGUGGGGGAUUCGGUCGUGGAAGGGGAAGAGGUGGAUAG